AAUAAAAAAAUGGAAAGUUAAGAAUAAGAAAAAAAAACAAUAUAAUAAUAAUAAAAUAAAGACAAUACAUUAUAAUCAAUAUGUUCUACUAUUAGUUGUGGAAAAGCAGCAAAAAUGACAUGUCCUACAUGUACAAAAUUAGGACUUCCAGUCUCUUAUUUUUGCGAUUAAGACUGUUUCAAAAGUUUUUGGCCUAUUCAUAAAUUAUAUCAUAAAAAAUAAGAAGAAGUUGAAUAAGCAAAAUCUUAAUUUUCAUAUAGUGGACCAUUAAGACCUGGUAAAGUAUCCCCUAGACUAUAUGUUCCAGAUCAUAUAAAAAAACCUGAUUAUGCAUUGAUAGGUAUUCCAAAAGAAGAAAUAAAUUCUAAAUUUAGAGAUAAAGUUAUAGAAGUAAAAAGUGCCGAAGAUAUUGAUAAAUUGCGACAAGUUUCUCAUUUGGCUCGUUAAGCACUAGAUUUGGGCCAUAGCUUAGUCCGCCCAGGAAUAACUACAGAUGAAAUAGAUAAGGCUGUGCAUAAAUUUAUAAUAGAGAAUGAUGCAUAUCCAUCUCCUUUAAAUUAUCAUAAAUUCCCCAAAAGUCUUUGCACGAGUGUCAACGAGGUUAUUUGUCACGGAAUUCCUGAUGAUAGACCUUUAGAAGAAGGAGAUAUAGUAAAUUUAGAUAUUACAGUAUAUAAAUAUGGCUAUCAUUCAGAUUUAAAUGAAACAUAUCAUGUAGGAAAAGUUAGUGAAUCUUCAGCAUUUUUAGUAGAACAUUCUUAUAGAUGUUUAGAAGAAGCCAUUAAAAUUUGUAAACCGGGAACUAUGUAUAGGGAUAUAGGAAAUGUUAUUGGAAAGUAUAUUCAUGAAAAAGGAUUAGAAAUUACUAGGUCUUACUGUGGACACGGUAUUGGUAAUCUUUUUCAUAUAAUGCCUACUGUACCUCAUUAUCCGAAAAAUAAAGCACCAGGUUUUAUGAAAGUGGGGCAUGUUUUUACUAUUGAACCUAUGAUUAAUUAAGGAACUUAUAAAGAUAUUUUAUGGCCAGAUGAUUGGACUGCUGUAACUGCAGAUGGAUAAAGAAGUAGCUAGUUUGAACAUACUUUGGUUAUUACAGAAGGAGGAUGUGAUAUUUUAACUAAAAGACUGCCGGAAUCUCCACCUCUUGAUUUUAUUACGGGAAGUAUUAUGUGAUUUUUUUAUUAUGUUUUUUCUACUAUAUUUUAAAAGUGUUAAAAUAUUUAGAUUUCAUUUAUUUAAAUU